AUGGCGGGUCAAGACAAGAAGAAGUCCAAGAAGGCUGGUGGAGCUAAGGGCGAAACAAGCAAGGUGAUCACUGAUCCCCGAUUCGCCAAUAUCCAGUCGGAUCCCCGUUACCGUCUCCCCAGCAAGCGCCAUACCCAUGUCAAACUCGACAAUCGGUUUGCGCGUAUGCUCGAAGAUGAGGAUUUUUCUCGCAAUGCCCCAGUCGAUCGUUAUGGGCGUAAAUUGGCACAUGACGAUACAAAACAGCACCUGAAAAAGUUCUACCGUGUAGACGAAGAUGACGAUGACGAAGAAGAAGAUAACGACGACAAGAUUAGCGUCGCAGAUGACGACGAAGUCCAAAAGGAAUUGACGCGUGUUGACGCCCGUGGUUACGACCCUGCCCGCGAUGGUGGAUUCUCCGAUUCCUCGUCUGAAGAUGAUAGUUCUAGUGACGAGGACGACGAUCCCGAACAGAUAGAGAACGAAGAAGAGGAACUUGAGUUUCCUGACAAGCAGCGAGAGAACGUCCCUCUCGGAGAGGUCACAGACCGGAUAGCCGUUGUUAACUUGGACUGGGACAAUAUUCGGGCGGAAGACUUGAUGACAGUUUUUUCAAGUUUCUUGCCAACAGGGGGGCGUGUUCUGAAAGUUGCUAUUUACCCGAGUGAAUUCGGGAGGGAGCGCAUGGAGAGGGAAGAGAUUGAGGGUCCCCCGAAAGAGAUUUUUGCCAAAAACCAAGACGCCUCAAGCGACAAUGAAGAGGAGCUUGACUCGGAUGAGGAAGAGGAGGAAAUCAAAAAGUCCAUGCUGAAAGCCGACGAUGGCCAGGAAUUCAAUACAACGCAACUGCGGCGUUAUCAACUAGAGCGACUACGUUACUAUUAUGCCGUCCUCACUUUCUCCACCAAGGAUAGUGCUAAGCAUGUCUACGAUCUUGUGGAUGGCGCCGAGUACCUCUCCAGCGCCAACUUCUUUGACCUCCGUUUCGUCCCCGAGGGCACCGAUUUUGACGAUGAUAAGCCCCGCGAUGACUGCACUCGAAUUCCCGAUGGCUAUAAACCAAACGAGUUUGUGACAGAUGCUCUACAACACAGCAAAGUCAAGUUAACCUGGGAUGCGGAUGAUAAAUCGAGGAAGGAAGCUCAAGCACGCGCGUUCCGUGGUUCACGACAGGAAAUCGAGGAAAACGACCUGAAAGCAUAUUUGGGGAGCGACAGCUCUGACAGCGAGGAUGAGGAAGAUGGCGGUGUGGAAGUGGUUGACAACACCACCGGUGAAGCUGCAACCACUACGUUGUCCAAGCGGGAAGCCGAGAGACAGCGCAUGCGUGCCUUACUGGGCCUGAGCACAGAACCCACCCGCUCUUCCAAGUCAAAGGGCCCUGUCGGUGAGAUGGAAGUGACUUUCACCUCCGGUUUAGCGGGCGGAAAGGGCAAAGAUAGCAUCUUUGAGAACGAGCCAGAAGUCGACGAGAGCACAAUUGAUAAAUAUGUGCGAAAGGAGCGUGAGCGUAAAAAGAGACGAAAGGAGAAACUCAAGGCCGGCAAACAAGGCGGCGAAGCCUCCGAAGAGAACAAAGAUACACAAGAUCUCAGCGACAUUGAAGAGGCUUCUCCAGCUGAAGCUGCUGAAGAAGAUCUUGGAUUCAAUGACCCUUUCUUCGAUGACUUUGAUGGGAAGGCCAGUUCAGCGGCUAUUCGCAAGGAGGAGAGACGCAAGAAGCGUGAGGAGCGGGCUGCCGAGGAGGCUGCAACGGCUGCUCAGCGGGCUGAACUUGAGCUCCUAAUGGUAGACGAUGAGAAGACCGAUAUCAAGCAUUUUGACAUGAACGAAAUCGAGAAGGCAGAAAAGCAAAAGCGAAAGAAGGGCAAGGCUCGAGGAAAGAACAAGCAUCCGGUUGUUGAAGAUGACUUCAAUGUGGAUACCACUGAUCCUCGAUUUGCGCGUCUAUUCGAAAGCCAUGAGUUCGCUAUUGAUCCGACUAACCCCCGGUUCAAGGCCACCUCCGGCAUGAAGGCCUUGCUUGAUGAGGGCCGUAAACGCCGACAUGUCAACGAUGAUGCUGAGGUUGAGGCAGUUCCUGACAACCAAGACCGCAAGAAGAAGCAAAAGAAGGGAUCUAAAGAGUCUAGUUCCGCGGAUCUCAAACGGCUGGUAGAUAAGGUCAAACGCCAGUCGAAAGCUUGA